AUCAAAUACUUGGUCUCUCACAUUGUAGAGAUUUCCUUGUUUAUAAGCCAAAAGAAUUUACUUACUAACUCAUGGUACCUAUGGUAAAAGAUAUUUUAUUACUUGCCCGAGAGUCGAACCCGAGAUCAAGCGACCAAGAAUCACAGGGUACCACACAAUCACUACGGCAAAGCUGCGAAAUUAGGGCCGACGGUAUAGGCAAACUUUUACCGAUUUUUUUAUACCAAGUAGGUACCUAGGUACUUACCUAAUAUGAAAAUUGCAUUUGCUGCGUCAUCCAAGAUUACAUCGAACUAUGCAACCAUAUUCAUUUGUCAGGUCUUAGUCACCAACUCAUCAGCACAGUUACCGUUGACUUGACCUGCAUCCUGGCGAUUUCUUGACCAUUUUGAGAUCUUUAUGGAGCGGUCAUUGCCCAACGAUUAACGUUUACAAACGUGUGUGGGAGACCCAGUUGGGAUAACAAUAUCUUUUCGUUCUUAAUCGCACAUUUGGCGCAUGUCAUAGAGAGAGAGAAGUCACGUUCGUUUAUUGAAUUUGAAGGAAUAAGAUGGAGUUUGUGAUCAAAGUUUAUUUUAGCGCAGUUGUUUUGGUGGUUCUACUGGCUACUGUAUCUUUAAGUUCCGCCCAGUUAAAGCCAGCCCGAUGCCCUACGAAUAAAAUUGCGCCUCAUAGAAAGAUCCCUAGUUGGCAAUCAAAUAAACUCCAAGGGCGGACCUUUGGUGGGGCAUUCAUAGAUUUGUUAAUCCCCGAUGAGGUGAGACCACAGGAAGUGCCCCAAAACGAUCUACAAGAAAAACCACAAGAGGAUGAUCCCGAUGAUUGCGGAGACAUAGAAGAUUAUGACGAUAUGGAUUUGAGUUCAGUGUCACAAAAGCCAAACAGAAGGGAUGGCAAGCAGAACCAGCGCUUCUUUUUUCAUUUAUUUAACAAACCUUUGGCGAAUGCUCCUCUUACAACAAGAACGCGACCGCCUUCCACUUCGGCGGCACCCUCCGCGCUUCAACCCAUACCGUCGUUUCCAACAAUCUCACCUUUUUGGUCUGGUGGGCUGUUCGGAAACAAUCCUUAUCGACCACCGAGACCUGAAAAUCCAUCAGAUAACCUCAAACCUGUUCACGAACAUGACGCAUCAGAGAGUCAAACGACAUACUGGCCAAGCCUCGUAGGAGGCCCACUUGGGAACAUAGUAGGCGCCUCACCGGCCAUACCGACCUUCCCAGCAGCUGUGACGACCCCGGGAACAUUCGGCACUAACACUCAAGCUAUAAGAUAUACCCGACGUCCCAGGCCUAGAUUACCUAAUAAUGAAAACACAGUAUUCGGUUCCUUUGUAGAUUUGUUCAUAUAAAUAAAACAUGUUAAGGUUAAAUUAAUACUUCUUGAUCUUAUUUGCUUAAAAAAUACUCAUGAAAUUGACCUUUCAUUGUUUCCAAGUCGUCACUCACAUAGCAAAU